CACUGUGGCGCAAGGAGGAGAGCUGACGCGCUCCCUGAAUCGGAGGAGCGACACUUGAAGUGCGCUUUUCUCUCCAGAAAUUAAGCCAGUGCCGCUCAACUUUGGGUCUGAGAGAAUUGUUCUCGUUUGAAGAUGUUCAGCCAAGAUGCUUUAUACUUAGAUCGGUCCUGCCUUCACGAGCCUGCUUCCUCAUAGACUUAACUUUUUUUUUUAUUUUCCGUGCUGACCAAGACCUCUAACCCGAACUGCAGCUGGUGAGAAUAUGUGCGAGAAGCGAUCGGCGAGGAGCUUGGACUGUCUCUGGUCCCACAAGAAGAAGCAGCGUGGAUUAAACACGAAUUAAUGUGGAAUUUAUCGGAGCCCAAAGGUGGAACGACGACCAGACACAGCGCUUCCUCGUCAGGGACUGACUGAUCAUGGUCGCCGUGGUCCGCUCUCUCAUGGUACUGCUGAUCGCUCAGGUGUUGCUGGAAGGUGCUACGGGACUUAUCCCCGAGGUGGGCCGGAGGAAAUACAGCGAAUCCGGGAAGCAGAGCCCGGAGCAGUCGGAGAGCUUCCUCAACGAGUUUGAGCUUCGCCUUCUCAAUAUGUUUGGACUGAGGCGCAGACCGACGCCGAGCAAGCAAGCCGUGGUGCCGCAGUACAUGGUGGACCUUUACCGCAUGCACUCAGCAAACGGAGACCACAGCACUAAACGACCCAAGAGCAUGGGGAAACACGCAGAAAGAGCCGCCAGCAAGGCCAACACGAUUAGAAGCUUUCACCAUGAAGAGUCUAUGGAGGCCUUGGCCAGUCUGAAAGGCAAAACAACCCAGCAGUUCUACUUCAACCUUACUUCGAUCCCUGAUGAGGAUCCCAUGAGUUGCUGCUGA